AAUUUGAAAUGGUGAUUGCAAGAUGAUGUGUGGUGGCUACGAUGUUUCACGCGACAACGUAUCUGCUUCAACGCGGACUUAGCCACUAUAAAAGAUUUAUAUAUAUCCGCAAUGUUGAUUGGGAUCUUUUAUGAACUGUCAUAUGGAUCACAUCACCCUAGCUGAUACAAGUUAUCGAGUUCUGCUGAGGUUACAUAGAUCGCACUCUAUCCCUUUAGGCUACAGGCAUCGAUGGAUAUACACGUGUAUACGCUGAUGAAUACAUAUCGGGCUACUUGAAACAAUGGAUGGGCACAGAACUUUGGCUAACGGCAAAGAUGCCGAUGAUGAGCUCUUGUGUCCGCUGUGUAUGGAGGUACUGGAUGAAACUGAUCGGAAUUUUUUCCCAUGUACCUGCGAGUACCAGGUGUGUCUAUGGUGCCUACAUUAUUUACGGACGACAAUGGGUAACAAAUGCCCAGCUUGUAGACGGGACUAUGAGGAAUCCAACAUGAAGUACAAGAGUGCACCGCGUACACAGAUGAAUUCAAGGACACAAACCUCAAAGAAGCAUAGGAAUGCCAGUGACAAGGAUGCCACAACACGAGAUGAAGAGGGGUGUUCACCAGGUCAACGUAACAAUGCCAACCUAAAGGAAAUACGUGUGAUACAACGCAACCUAGUAUAUGUUGUCGGUAUACCGGCGAAGCUAGCCAAGAAGGAUAUAUUGAAACAGCAAGAGUACUUUGGGCAAUACGGGAAGAUCCAGCACAUUGUGAUUAACAAGAGCCAGUCGUAUAACUCUCACGUUGGAGGAGCAUCCUAUACGGCCUAUAUAACGUACUCUAAGAAAACAGAAGCUGCAACGGCCAUACAGGGUAUUGACGGAUCGUAUAUUAACGGAAAGUUGUUGAGGGCGUCCUAUGGUACCACUAAAUACUGCACGUUUUUCCUAAAGGGUCUCAAGUGUACCAACGUUGACUGCUUCUAUUUACAUAGAUACGGCGAUGAAAGUGAGCGUAUUUCUAAAGAGGAGCUUACGAACCUUAUGCACAAGGCUGUGAAAUCAGGUGUUGGUCUAGGAUCUCACGCACUUGAUACUACGCGCAUUCCGAAGAUACAUGCAGACGCCCAUCGAAGGGCUGUGGAUGACGACGAUUUGGAAGAGUUGACAAAGGAUAAUCACUCCGACCAUCUAGACGACGACAACAUUGACGAUUUUACAGAGCAUCACUUGUCCCUAAGUGCAGAUCGGGACCCAACAUCGUGGAUUAACGUGUCGGCGGCAUUUAAAACUGACAAUGACGCUGCAGAACACGGUGAAGAAUCGCUUUACAAACAUACGGACGAACUACAAUAUUCACUGGGUGCCACUGAUGGAUCAGAUUCGUAUUCCCAUGUCUUCGACGCCUAUGGAUCGGAUCGUGAUCCAACUGAUUUCCACACCAAUACAUCCUUCCUUAAUUCAUAUUUCACCCAAGUAGAUUUGGAUAGCAUUGGCAAGCUUUCUUCAAUGGAUCAGCAUGAAUUGAUGAAAUCGCUAUUCAAUAAUAGCCUCAUGAAGGAGAUUGAACGGUUUAACCGAGGCGAACACGUGAUAUAUGCGGAAGAAGUUUGCCUGAAGAAGGAUGAAAGCAGUUCAUGGAUCAGUAUAAAAGAAAAGGACGAGCGUGGCGAAGACGAUGGUGUCCAGGAAAAUGAUUUAUACGGUCUCAGGUGGAUACCAGCUGGAGAUGCGCUCUCCACUGGAGCGCACUACGUAUCUAACAGGCGAAGACAGGUGGAUACUUACAAGAAUCUGAACCAGCUAAUGAACGAUGAAGCUGUUGUAAUGCCUAUUCCUACCGCUACUGUCUCACAAAAGGAUAUAUUCCCAGACGACUCUCAGGUUGACUCAAUACUGACCCAGGUCAAGCGUCAUGUGUCAAUGCUGGAUUGCCUAAUAAGGAUGUAUCACGUGGAUGGAUCGACCUUAUAUGCCGAUUCACAGCUGGGGUCUGUGACCCAGGAUAAUGUAGAAUCCUUCAGUGAGGGCGAUGCGAGCCCAUAUAACAACAGCAUUACCUCCAAGAUGAUAAUUGACUCGGCAGGCGAGCCUUACCAAGAGAUGGUGGCCGACAUGUACGUGGAUACCAUAUUGGAUACAUCGCUUUCACCGGAAUCGCAGCUUGAAACCGAUCUCAAGCUACACUACCAAAUGAGUGAGCAUGUGAGAAAGCUUAUCGAUCAACAGCAAAGAUGUGAUAUGGUAUUCGUAAAGCACCUGUCUGAGCUUUAUGCAAGCUAACUGCAGUACCGGGUACGGCAAGUUGAAGACAACUAAGAACACCUGUCUAAGCGAAUUUACUGCACGCCGUCAAUAACACAAAAGUGGCCUAGCUGCUCGACACAUGUACCAG